CGUGCGCAUGUGUGAAAGCGCAAGAGAACAGUAGAAGCCGCCGCAGCCGCAGCGAAAGAAGACCGGUGGCGAGUGUAGCCCAAAAGUGCGCCGUCUCGCACUUAACAUCUAAUUUAUUCGCGUCGAAUCGUUCUCUGACUUAGCGUAAGAGAAUAACUGAACAAUUCUUACCAUGUCCCUCGAAGAUCAAUCGUCGGCGGAGCUCUCCAAAGGGUUGCGACUGCUGAAACACACAUGCCUGCUGGCGGACACCUUGUUGAGCAGCUUGAUUGACCUUGUUCCCAGUUGGAUCUCCAGUUACAUCCGAUGGUGCCCCACUUCAUCUGAGCACCUUGAAGAGGCUGAGCGAAAGUUGCUGUCUUAUGUGAAGCUGCCUGUUCGAUCGACAUACGUGACCAUAGACUCAAUCCUGGGCUGCAAGGGCAGCCACCAAAUACGUACCCUUCAACUAGGUCCUAGCACCAAAGCAGCUGUCGAGGAGGAGCGGGUUCCACUUGUGUUGGUGCAUGGUUUUGGCGCAGGAGUGGCUCUGUGGCUGCUCAACCUGGAUUACCUUGCCCAGGACCGCACAACAUACUGCUUUGACCUGCUGGGCUUUGGCCGCAGUUCACGACCGCGCCUCUCGAGGGAUUCUUUGGAGGCUGAAUACCAGUUUGUGCAGAGCAUUGAAGAAUGGCGAGCACAGGUCGGUCUCGACCGCUUUGUGUUGCUGGGACACAGCAUGGGUGGCUUCCUGGCUGCCUCGUAUGCAAUACGCUUUCCCGAGCGUGUGGCCCACCUUGUGCUUGCGGACCCAUGGGGUUUCCCUGAGCGCAACACUCCCCGUCCGGCGCUGCAGCUCCCGAGUUGGGUCCGUGUGGUCUCCACCUUGCUCAGCCCUUUCAACCCAUUAGCAGCUGUGCGGAUUGCAGGGCCUUGGGGUCCACGACUAGUAGAAAAGAUCAGGCCAGAUAUUGGAAAGAAGUACGGACAUGUGGUGGAUGAUAAGCAGGCAGUUCCACACUACAUAUACCACUGCAAUGCUCAAACUCCUAGUGGAGAAUCUGCUUUCAAGGCUAUGAUGACACAGUAUGGUUGGGCCCGGCACCCUAUGAUUAGUCGCAUUGGAGAGCUGCACCAAAGUGUGCCUAUGACAUUCAUCUAUGGCUCAAGAUCUUGGGUUGACAAACAGCCUGGUAUUCGUGUUCAGCGACUCCGACCAGAGAGUGAAGUGGAUGUUGAGAUUAUUGAUGGUGCUGGCCACCACAUUUUUGCUGACAAGCCUGAGCAAUUCAAUGAGAUUGUGUCAAAGAUCUGUCGGGGAGCGGAUGCAGCUGAGAAGACAAAUCGCGCCUUGGCAGAGGAGAAGGAAAGAGAAGAGCUGGAGCAAAGGGAAAUGAUACAUCGGCUUGCACUCUGAAGGGCUUGCCAUUAUGCUUCAUUGCAGUUUAGAACAAACAGCACCUUCAUUGGCCUGUUUAAAAUUACUGUCAUUGGCAUUCAUUUGAGUGAGGCAUUUUUUUUACCUGAUGCAGCAGAUUUUGGUUGCACGUUGCUGCAUGCUAGUGCUAGCAAACCUUGAGUUGUGCCACCACCUCAGUAUAUAUACAUAUGUAUAAUUUUCUCUUUGUAUGUUCCUUGUGCAAUAAUUGCUCACAAUGCACUUUGCACUGUUAGAAAUUCAAGAAUGGUCAAAAGAUAGGCAUUAUUAUAAUUGCGGGUGGUAAACAGUCAUGCAUGAAAGCCAGUUUGCACUCAAUCGGCAAUUUUUUUUAUCAUACGACAGUUUGAAAGUCACCGCUUGGUCUAUAUUGAAGUUUGAACUGUACAGUUCCGAUUGUGAAGCAUGGAGAAUGGCUAUGUUUGAUGUGUAGAUAGUGUAUUUUUUGGAACUGCCUUUACGGCCACGUGUGUUGCAUGUGUGUUUUGACCCUUUUGUCAAACUUGCUUAUGUAUUUCAAGCACUUCCUCCUUUGUGUCACUGUUGUGCACUUGUGUGUCUUACCUUUCGUUGUGCACCAAGUCGCUAUUGAGAGUGUUCUGCUGUGAGGUUAAUCUGUGAUUAUGAAUCUAUGGUUGAUCUGGAGAUCUCACCCGACUCUUUGAGGAAUGGACCCAAAGUCUAAAGUUCCCUGUUGGGAACAGAAUGCUAGACUACACUGAAAGGUGCCAUGACAACACACUUAUAACCAGUGCAGGUUAUGCUGGAUCUGCUUUUCUGUGAUUAAAGAAAUGUCGAGACAGUUUCACACAUAACUGCUCUUGUUGAUAAAGGUGGGCCCCGCAGUGUCGGGAAAUGUAGCCAGAAUUCAGAAGAAGCAAAGUGAUGUUUAUUCAGUAUGCUGGAGCAAUUCAAGGUGACCUGAUAAGUGACCUGAUACUAACUUGAAUUUCUGCCCUUAGCCUUUGUGCAAUCAUUGUGGGAAGAUGCAGACUGGUGGGAAGUAAUCACAAAACCUAAGCUGACUAAGUGGUAUGCUAACAAAUACACUAGAAAUUUGAUUUUAUGGUGUGCAGCAGAAAUGCCUGCUCCAGAUCAACCAUUCUGUUAUGUUACUGUAUGUUGCGCUUUUAUGAGGAUAAGAUUUGCAUUCCUUAAGGCUGACAAAGCCUAUUAGAGCUUGAGUAUUCUACCACGUAAGGUCAUUCGUCUGCUGAGGUUGAGUAAGAUGUAAAUAUUUUGUCAUAUAUUGUUCUUAAUUCUAACACAGUUGACCCCUGUAACAGAGGUUGUAGUGAUUGAAUUAGGUUUAUUGAAAUUGAUUGCUUAGAGUAGAAAACUGUUAUUUUUGCAUGUAAACAGUGACUAGCCCUAUUGGUUCUUUCUGUAGCUAUUCUUAUGAAGCACUGAACUUUUGUGGUAGCUUUAAAAUGUCAAAACGAGGUUUAUUUCAUUAGUGGUCUUAAAUACUAUUGAUCUAUACUACACGUAAUGGGUUAUCUAAGUUGUGCACUUAACAUUUUUUGCUAUGGAUGGCUGAGUAUUAUGAACAAUUUUUUUUUCUUUAGAGUUUGUUGUUACUGGUUUUGAGAUUUUAUUGUUCUGGCUGAGAGGGCUGGUCUCUGUUUGUGUGAAUUCUCGAAGCUCCAUGAUUAUAUUUUGCUAGAAGGACAUGCUCUGUUUUUCAGAAAAGGUGUUCUAUGCAACUGAUGUGAGCCAUAUUUAUUUCACGUUAGCACACUUCUCAGCCAAAUGUUUUUGAGGUGUUUGAGACUUCAGCUUAGUUCUCUUUCUCCCAAGUGAACGCUAACCACUUGCAAAUAACUAAACAUGUCAUGACACAUCUAUAAAGAUUCAUUUUCAAGUGCCGCUAUGGUAUAUUUUGUCUUUGUAAAGAUUGUGCAUGAUAUUACUAACCCUAAUGGGUCAGAAACUCCCAACUUUACAGGCAGGUUACAGCAUAGAAAAUGUUGCUGUGAUAUCAUGUUCAGUGAAGUUAGGUAAGAUACUGUAACCUUGUGCCUGGAGAAAUGUAUUUCUGCUAUACAGAGAGGACAUGUCUGCUGCGGUGUCCAAAUUAUUUUACGGCUGAUUUUUCUAUGUCCGGUCUUGCCAGAAUAUCGUGAAUGGGCUGUAGUGAUUUCUCUCUGCACUGUCAUGAAUGGGUUUGUGAAAUGCAGUUGAACAAAUUUAUAAGCUAGAAUCUGCGGAUUAAGAUAUUUUCGUCAUUAAGUAGGAACAACCCUUUUGGCACUGUGCCUACCAUUGUGUGUGCUGAUAUCUCUUUAGAAAUGCAAACAUUAAAGGGCGAGUAAAUGGGCCUAGAUUUUUUUUUUACACCUUCCAAACAAACUCGCUCAUGUGUACAGAAGCCCACAGUGAUCCCAUUUAGCAAAUUUCACAGUGCUGCGCAGAAGCUCUAUUUCAAAAAACAAUUCCUGCACUGCUCUCGGCACCUUAUCAGUCCUCUUUUCCUGCUGAGUUACGUAAUGUUUUCCAUGGGCAACGCGACGUAGCACUGAGCUUGUCGAUUGGUCGUUCACAUUACAAAACUGCGCUUUGGCCAUGCAGGGAUGCGGUUUUGGCUGUGCAGUUGUCACACACAUCGCACAUUUGCUGACCUCAUCAAUGCCUUACACUGUGCUGCACCAUCUGUGAGGAACUGACAUGAGCAACACGUGAAAGAAGUCUUACUUGAUCAUUGGCUGUGCGGUGAUGACAUAAAUAGCUGAGGUAGUCUUGCGUGCCGAAGUGGACAUAGUCACGAGAACGAGCUAUGCCUGCCCCUUUUCGUGGCAGAUACAACUAGGGCGGCCGAGUGAGAAACCAAAACCAGCCGAAACGGGUUGUUGUGUACCCUGUAACUUCCUUAUUACAGCACUUAUUCGUGAAAUUCUUGCGGCAGCAUGCUCACAUCAUACAAAUGUGCAGUUAUCUCUUCAUUGCAAAUUUUGGACCGGGUUGAUGUUUACUGGCCCUUUAAGAAAAAUGACUUGUGAAGUAUGUUGAGACCUGUGAUUAAGACCAUAAGAUUUAUGAUUACACUUAUGCUGCAGUGUUGAUUAAUGUUAUGAAGUACUGGAACAGUGCUAGGAUUGUUUUGCUAUCUGCUGGUGGAUGUUUUUCAGGACAAAAUUGUGUUGGAGUUCAAGUUAUGUAGCCACUUUAAGGUUUCCAUAUUGGUAGUUAUAUUAUAUAUGCAGUACAUUUUGUGAUACGUUUGAUGUAACUUGUUUCAAAGGUGGUAUGUGAGCUUGGAUAAGAAAUUUCUUAAUUUUGUUUUGCUGUAAUGGGGAAAAUGACUUGGCAGUUAAACCCUUUAAACAACCCGUUAAACAAAAGCAAGUGCUCUAAAGUUGUGAUGAUAAAAAUAUAACAGUAGGUGCAUCAAUACUGGCAAUGACUGUUUUUAAAUAACUGUUAGUGAUGUUUUUGUAGUGAUGUACUACUUUCUAACAUCAUCUUGUGCUAUAUGUUGGUACCAUUGAGAGCUUUUUUUCAGACAUUACUCAGCAAAAUUGACCCACUGAAGUGGUACCACUGAAGGAAGACUACAAGACUAAGUAAGCAGGUUGUGCAAGAUUUGGGCAUUAUAUAUGGUUAGUCGUGCUAGUGCUGAAGAUGGCAUUAUACACAUACUGAUAACUUGCUUUUUACUGUAUAUUUUUCAGCCUUGCUUUCAAUCCGUUACGUUUUGUUACAAUGAAAUAUUUGUAACCCUGUAAACUUUUAUAAGUAAUGCAUAGACAUUUUUCAGUUCCAUCGGAAAGUAUUUUCUACUUGUUUUGAUACAUAGCGCCUUGCUGUAGUAUAAAAUAUAUCCGAGUAGUGAGAUCUUAUGAACUUUGCUUUUUUGUUGCUGAAAUUUUAAUUCUUGAAUGUACAGGUUUCCUUAUAAGUGAUUGUUCAAUUUUAAAUUGGAACUCAUUUGUGUUGCACAUGCUCUGCUUAUAGAGCAAUAAUUUUUUUGUUGGCAGUACACUCUGCACUUUUUAGUGCUGAAAUCAUGCAAGGAAUAUGCUUUAUUUUAAAUUUCAGACUGCGAUUCGCAAAGCACCAACCGAAUUUGUGUGCGAAUGCUGCAGUUAAAAAAAAAUACACAAGAAGAAAAGUUGCAUUGCUCUAGCCUUUCUAAAAUGGCACGGGGGAAAAAGCUACAACAUUGGAGAGAAGCUGUGUUGUGGCUUUCGUGCGCUGUACUGGCUACAACUCUACAGACCAUAUUGCACCAUAAAAAUUUCCAUGGUUCCAAGAGCUGACAAUUCAACAGGGCAGAAUAUGCCUCAUUUACUAAAACUCUAGUUGCCUCCUUUCUUUCUUUUGAAUUGCUUGAUGUAUUCCCAAGUCAGUAAGCAUCCUUGCUUUUUUUCUUUUUACUGCUACUGUUUAUUAUCCUACGAUUCUAAAAGGUGUUCUAUAUCAUGUGCAAAGUCAUCACAAGAGAACAUUCCCAUUCAAGUAAUCCUUGAUAUCGUGGUUAUACUUUUAAUUAAGGGAGUCCAGACACUUGCACACAUAAAAAAAGGCUAAAAGCAUGAUGCAAACGUUGCACUUGAUACUCGAGAGAAAAAAAAUUGCCUAAUAAAACACAGUAAGCCAUUGUUCUGUCAAGCAUAUGUGCUUUGUAAGAUGCAGACUAACUAGUUGGGGGCAUUUGAAAAUGGUCCUCACUUCUCUAAAAAAUUGCAGUUGGCAUUCAUGCCUGGCUUUUAUGUGCAUGCAUGCCUUUGUUUUUUGUGAUAUAUAUGCUUUAUUAUUUCUCUGAUGAAGUCUAUUAUUUAUGUUUCAAUGCCAUUGUCAUUUCACCGCUGUUAGUGCAGUACGCUUUGGUGUGCUAGUGGUUAUUGUCAUUCACAGGCCUUUUGUGCCAAAAAUAUUCUUAAGCUUUACACUACAUUCACUGUUUGCAAAUAAGCUGCAUAUAAUAAAUAAAUUUAGACAGUUAAACAUUUUAUUUCUUCUUGUUGCAAGAGCUUCUGUGGAACAAGAAACAGUGAUUGGGCAGAGGCCAAAGCCUCCUCCGCCAUCAUUCUCAAUGGGUGUAAAUAUAAAUCUUAUUUCUCUCUCUCUUGAGCUGUCUUAUGAAAUGGGGUGGACACUCUUCCUGGUAAUGUAGCAUGUGCACACAUAAACGUUCACUUUUCAGUUGAGGCUUAUAGAUGUCGCUCUGCUUUCUUUUUUUUUUCACGUAAUUGUGAAUGUCAAGCAGUACGCUACUCCACAAGGAUCACUUUUUAGCUUUUAUAAAAACAUUUUGACAUAAAAUUCCUUUCAAGACUGGAAGUCUGCUGCAAGUUCUCAGCAAUGUACAGUACAUGUCUACAAUGUGCAGUAUUCACAUGACGAAGCCACUGAAAUUUGUUUCGAAUUUGUUUUCUGGUUAGUUUGGCAUAUGUCUUGACAUACAUUGACACCAAUCUAGAUAAAUUAAAUCAGUGUCGACAUUUUUACAGUAAAACGUGUAGGAUUCCAGCCCUAUUGUUCAGACAUUAAAAUGUGUGAACGUGUUAGCAGUAAUCUGUUCUGUCUGUUAUGCUUUAGCAAUGUUCCAAUUUUUAUGAUUAUAUAGGAAUCAAGUGGUACCAAACUAAAUAGUUGUGUGUAUGUACCUCAAAUAGAAAUGAAAUGUACCUUGAGCUAAAUAUAGUGUUGUGUCAUUGUGGUGCUGUACCGAAUCAUCACAAAUGUUCGGAAGGGACCUGACUUCCUCUUGCCAUUGUUCGUUGAAGUGGCAAUUGCCUUUUUUAAGGUUUAUAAUUAUGGUAUUGAUAUUAAAUACUGCAUAGCAUACCAGAGGGCACCAUAACAUAUUUCUCAAACCUCUGUUUAUAAAAGCUUUAAGAAAGCUUAAAAAAGGAAUUAAGGUGUUUUUAUUGACUAUUCAAUUAGCUCAAAAGCAUUAGUAUAAUAAUAGGUAGGUUAGUUAAUUACUCAAAACUAUUCUACAAGGAAAAAGUAAGAGUGAUACAUGCCCUGCAGGACUGGGACCACGAAUUGUUUGCUAUAUUUACAAGGGAGAUGUACUGUGCAAUGAAUGGUAUGCUGUAGAUAUUGUUGUCAGUUGUACAACUUGCAGUAAGAACACUGUUUGUAUGUAUGUAAUGUAUUUGUUUUUGGUGUUAAAUUUAUUAUUGUUAUGCAUAUCUUGUCAAAAACUGCACAACAGUUGAGUGAUUACUGAAACCCCCACACUUCACUAGGAAGGAGUUUUCAUUUUCAGCUGUGGUUGUCAAGAGUUCCUGGGCAUUAUGCUUUUAUGUGGCAUUAUUUCUGCUGUAGUAGAUUGCCUAUUCUUGCUCUGUAUUUUAAUAAAAAUGUUAUCAUGAGUAUGCUUAUUGUGUUAUAGGUCACAAAUAAAAACUCUUGUGCUUCAGAA